AGCAUCGGGAUAACAAAUUAACAUGAAGCUUUUCUUUUUGGCGUGCCUAUUGGGGGCUGCUUUUGCAACAGGCUGUUAUACAGACUACCAGCAGAAUGUUGGUAUGUUUCCGGAAUCCCAGAAAUUAGACCAGAGACAGUUCAGGAGUUUAGGGAGUUGUCAGGAAUGGUGUGAUGCUAAUCCUCGCUGUAAAGGAGUAGCCGUGAGUCCCGCAUAUUGGGCUUACCGAGAAUGCUUUCUGGUGGGCAUUUCGCACAUAACAACAAGGAGGGGCUGGUCUGCGAGUCCUCAAACAGAAUGUGACCGCCAGGGUGUCGUUUCAGGCUGUUAUACAGACUACCAGCAGAAUGUUGGUAUGUUUCCGGAAUCCCAGAAAUUAGACCAGAGACAGUUUAGGAGUUUUGCGAGUUGUCAGGAAUGGUGUGAUGCUAAUCCCCGCUGUAAAGGAGUAGCCGUGAGUCCCGCAUAUUGGGCUUACCGAGAAUGCUUUCUGGUGGGCAUUUCGCACAUAACAACAAGGAGGGGCUGGUCUGCGAGUCCUCAAACAGAAUGUGACCGCCAGGGUGUCGUUUCAGGCUGUUAUACAGACUACCAGCAGAAUGUUGGUAUGUUUCCGGAAUCCCAGAAAUUAGACCAGAGACAGUUUAGGAGUUUUGCGAGUUGUCAGGAAUGGUGUGAUGCUAAUCCCCGCUGUAAAGGAGUAGCCGUGAGUCCCGCAUAUUGGGCUUACCGAGAAUGCUUUCUGGUGGGCACUUCGCACAUGACAUAUAGGGGGCGCUGGUCUGCGAGUCCUCGCACUGAAUGUGACCGCCAGGUAUUCAGACUCGUGGACAGUGGAGGUGCCACUAUUACUCAAGGUGUACAGAUUGGAUUGCUUUUAGUAGAUGGUAACACAGUGUGUGACGAUAGUUUCUCUGAUAAUGCUGCUGCAGCUAUUUGUAGAGAAAUGGGAUUCCUUCACGAGGAAGUGAGCUGGAAUUCUGGUUCAAAAUGGGACAUACAGAAUAAUUACAACAUAGGACUUGAUGACGUCAGAUGCAGCAGUACGUAUUGGAGUUCCUGUACCUACAUUACAUCACACAACUGUGCUCACAGUGAAGAUAUCUUCCUCACUUGUGGUCAAGUACCUGUUGACGGAGAAUGGUCUAGCUUUUCUGAUUGGUCUGAGUGCUCGGUUGUAUGCGGAGGAGGAUCUCAAAGUAGGAUCAGGAGUUGUUCUAACCCUGCCCCAGCAAAUGGAGGGGUUGAUUGCAAUGGAGACGAUUCGGAAUCUCAAAACUGCAACGCUGACCCUUGCCCCGUUGACGGAGGAUGGUCUGAAUUCUCGGAUUGGUCUGAGUGCUCGGUUGCAUGCGGAGGAGGAUCUCAAAAUAGGAUCAGAAGUUGUUCUAACCCUGCCCCAGCAAAUGGAGGGGUUGAUUGCAAUGGAGACGAUUCGGAAUCUCAAGACUGCAACGCUGACCCUUGCCCAGUUGACGGAGAAUGGUCUAGCUUUUCUGAUUGGUCUGAGUGCUCGGUUGCAUGCGGAGGAGGAUCUCAAAAUAGGAUCAGAAGUUGUUCUAACCCUGCCCCAGAAAAUGGAGGGGUUGAUUGCAAUGGAGACGAUUCGGAAUAUCAAGACUGCAACGCUGACCCUUGCCCAGCAAAGUGGAUGCCUGUGAUCAGAGGAUACGAUAACCCAGUGAGCAUCAAUAUGCCGGGUGAACCCCUCUACAUCAGAACCAACUCGAAAGAAAACAGCAAGGAGAGAGUGUGGAUAGACUUCGGAGGAUCUGGUCCAUAUGGGCGCUGGUUCGAGAUUAACUUCGGCAAUAACUACGGCAGUGUCACUAACUACUUCCUAACAAACUGUGAUAACUCUCAGACGUACCCUCAUGUCACUAGACGUCAAUUCAUCAACCUACCUUCCAAUGACAACAAAUAUUGGAUGAUCACCAAGGAGCUCGAUAGACUGACUGUCCACUGCAAUGGCAUUGAAGUGUUGGAGUACAUGUUUGCAACAGCAGAGGAAAGUGUGUGCGCAGAGAUAUAUGGAGUCCAGGACACGACAAUCGUCUUCAGUACCAGGGAUACAGCAUCGGACUCUUAUACUAUCGGGGAACCUCUAGAAGCUUCCUGCACCACUUGGCCCGGUGAUGAGAACCAGUUUGAACUGAGUGAGGACCUACUUCCAGUGGAGCACGGGGCAAACAUUUCACUAGCGUGUAGGACAGGUUAUACACUUUCUGGGAGCCAUUCAGCUCUGUGUCAGUUCGGAGAUAUAAUCCUUCCUCAACAACAAGGCAAUCCACCUUGUGAAGUCGACCAAAUAGUUGACGGAGAAUGGUCUAGCUUUUCUGAUUGGUCUGAGUGCUCGGUUGCAUGUGGAGGAGGAUCUCAAAAUAGGAUCAGAAGUUGUUCCAACCCUGCACCAGCAAAUGGAGGAGUUGAUUGCAAUGGAGACGAUUCGGAAUCUCAAGACUGCAACGCUGACCCUUGUCCCGUUGACGGAGGAUGGUCUGAAUUCUCGGAUUGGUCAGAGUGCUCGGUUGCAUGCGGAGGAGGAUCUCAAAAUAGGAUCAGAAGUUGUUCUAACCCUGCCCCAGCAAAUGGAGGGGUUGAUUGCAAUGGAGACGAUUCGGAAUCUCAAGACUGCAACGCUGACCCUUGCCCAGCUAUUACUUGGAGAGACGACAGGCGAUGUGGUCCGACGUUCCCCCUCGCGGAUGGCUCUCCUAGUCAGUGUAACCCUGACCACCCUUUAGGCGCUGUUUGCUGUUCUAAGUGGGGAUGGUGCUCACUCGAAACAAAAUGGUGUGUUGACUACGGAGUUAAAAUUGCGCCCCCAAAAUUAUGGAGAGACGAUGGACGAUGCGGAGCUGAGUACCCCCUACCUAACGGACUCCCUGCUCAGUGUGAUCCUGAUACUGUCUACAGUUGCUGUUCACCGUGGGGGUAUUGCGGCCAGGAGGCUGGCCAUUGUGAUUGUGAAACUUGCGUCGACUAUGCAAAAUAGAAUUUGAGAACAUGUAGUCAAUUAGAAAAACAGAAGACGGGUGUAAACUAAUUUGAAGCAGGAUUCGGACAAUUUCUCGUCGAGAGAGCACUAAGAUUUGGAUGUUUGUAGAGAGGUCAACCAUAUUUGUUUGAUACAAUAUGACAGUGAUUUUGGGUUUCAUUAUUCAAUACUGGAAGCUUAUUUGUAGUUAUUCGCUGUCAUCUGUCAGAAAACAUGGAUGUCAUCCCCAUUAUAGUACCCAGAUAUAUACAAUGCAUACAAAAAAUAUUUUCGUUUUGUGUAUUUUUAUUACUAUUAAUAUUAUA